UUCCUGGGCGGGAACGGCAAAAUGGCGCCAGAACUAGAGUCGCGCUGAGCCCGCGGCCCGCUCGGAAGUUGGCCCCGCUGCCCCGGGCGGCGCGCCCGCGGCCAUGGAGGACGCGGAGGCGCGCUUCGCCCACCUCCUGCAGCCCAUUCGUGACCUCACCAAGAACUGGGAGGUGGACGUGGCGGCCCAGCUGGGCGAGUAUCUGGAGGAGCUGGACCAGAUCUGCAUUUCUUUUGAUGAAGGCAAAACCACAAUGAACUUCAUUGAGGCUGCACUGCUUAUCCAAGGUUCAGCCUGUGUCUACAGUAAAAAGGUGGAGUACCUCUACUCGCUGGUCUACCAGGCUCUGGAUUUCAUCUCUGGGAAGAGGCAAGCCAAGCAGCUCUCCUCAGUACGGGAAGACAGGACCAACAGAGCUGCCAGCUUGGGGACCCCUCAAGAAGCAGACAAUGAGUUCCUGUCCCUUGAUGACUUCCCUGACUGUCAGGCUAAUGUGGAUCUGAAGGAUGGCCAGGUACCCAGUGAGCUGCUCAUCAUCCCGCUCCUGCCCAUGGCCCUGCUUGCCCCUGACAAAGUGGAGAAAAAUAACAGCCCCCUGUACAGCCGUCAGGGUGAAGUCCUGGCCAGCCGGAAGGACUUCCGGAUGAAUACAUGCACCCCCAACCCCAGAGGGGCAUUCAUGCUGGAGCCAGUGGGAAUGUAUCCUGUGGAGCCUGUGGAUGUAUGCCCCGUGCCAAGGAACCAGAAAGAUGCCAGGGGUACUGAAGAUCAGCCAGUGGACGUCUCUGGGUAUCUGAGUCCUGUGCCUGAACUUGGCUUGUCCCAGGAGCCAGCCGCCUUUCCAGAGGGCCCGCCACCCAGCAGCGGGGAUGAGGACACAGAGGAUGCCGUGGAGCUCCCAGAGGCCGCAGCCCCCACGGCUGCUCUGGAGCCUGCUGACCCAAGGACCCUGCAGCAGACUGCCACCAGGCCUAGGACCUGUAUGCUGCGGGAUCAAGGAAGGCCCCCAGACCCCGUGUCCCGGCUGAAGGAGACCCCAGAUCCCUGGCAGAGCCUGGACCCCUUUGAUUCCCUGGACUCUAAGCCCUUCAAGAAAGGUAGGCCCUAUUCUGUGCCCCCUUGUGUAGAAGAGGCUCCAGGACAGAAGCGGAAGAGGAAGGGUGCCACCAAGCUUCAGGACUUCCAUCAGUGGUACCUGGCUGCCUAUGCUGACCAUGCUGACAGCAGAAGGCGCAGGCGAAAGGGCCCAACCUUUGCAGACAUGGAAGUCUUAUACUGGAAGCAUGUGAACAGUCAGCUGGAAACCCUCCGGAAGCUGCAGAGGAAUGAGAUGGCUGAGCGGUGGCUCCCCCGGGCUGAGGAGAGGUUGUGGCCUGCAGAAGGGGAUGCCUUGGAGGAGUCCCUGGAGGACCUCGGUGUGGCAGAUGACUUCCUAGAGCCUGAAGGGUAUGCAGAGCCUGAAGGGGCAAAGCCUGGGGAAGCCGCCAACCUGGAUGCAGAGGUCAUGCCCAAAUCCCCAAGCUACGAGGAACUGGUUCGAAAGAAUGUGGAGCUCUUCAUUGCCACCUCCCAGAAGUUUGUCCAGGAGACAGAGCUGAGCCAGCGCAUCAGAGACUGGGAAGACACCAUCCAGCCCCUGCUCCAGGAGCAGGAGCAGCAUGUGCCCUUUGACAUCCAUACCUAUGGGGACCAGGUGGUCUCACGAUUUCCCCAGCUCAAUGAAUGGUGUCCCUUUGCGGAGCUGGUGGCCGGGCAGCCUGCCUUUGAGGUCUGUCGCUCCAUGCUGGCCUCCUUGCAACUGGCCAAUGAUUACACGGUGGAGAUCUCCCAGAAGCCAGGCCUGGAAGAGGCCAUGGAUACCAUGUCUCUGAGACUGCUCACACACCAGCGGGCCCACAUGCGCUUCCAGACCUAUGCAGCCCCUUCCAUGGCCCAGCCUUGAACAGGAAGCACUGAGGCAGGGCAGAGGGAGGUGUGGGCUUGGAGUCCUGUCUCUGUACUGAGGGCCCCCCGCUCCAGUGCUGCCUCCUAGCCCACCCAGUCUAAUAAAGUGGUGUUGCCACCUAA